AUGCAAUUCACCACAAUCCUCUUCUCCCUCCUCGCCUCCACCACCCUCAUCACCGCCGCUCCAAUCCCAGACGGCGGAAUCACAGCCGGAGUCAUCACCGCCGUUGGAGUAGCCUGCGCCUUCCAAGCCGAACAAUGCCAAAAAAUCGGUGAUGGCGUCAAAAACGGCGUUGUGACCGUUGUGACCGAAUCCGGUGCCGCUAAGGUCGAGAGCGCCAGACAGGAUGGUGGCGUUGUUGCUACUAUUGGUGAUGCUAUCGGGAAUGUUAUGGGAGGUGUUAAGGCCUAG